GGAGAAAAAAAUGCUAUGAUUUCUUUCUCGUACGCUGACGCCCAGUGGCUUCCUGAUUAUGAUUAGCAUAUUAUGCUUUCAAUUAAAAAAAAAAAAGAAAAAAUGAAUUUUGUGCUUUGUUAGGUUAUUUUGUUGUUUUAAUACUUUUAAUCCAAUUCAAAAUUACAGGAAACAAGUGUAAAUUUAUUAGUAGUGUCAAGAAAAUUAUGAAUAAUUAGUGGUUGGAUUUUUUAAAUUACUUGAUAAAGCAAAAUUACCAAAAAUCAGAUUAAGUGUUCAUUAAAAAAAAGGGAAAAUCAUUCUAGUCACCGGCUCACUGCUAACGUUCAUCCUUGGCAGAACCCUAUAUCCCGGGCGACUCGUUCAUAGGAGUAACGGCUACUGAAUAACAGAAUCAACUAAAAUUCAAAUUCAGAGCCCCACCCACAUGAAAUGGCGGCACCCAAGCUCAGGCUUCGCCAAGCCAUAGACUCAUUAUACAUUUGCGGCCCUGCAACUCAUGAAGCUUACACUCGCCUGGCUCUCGAAUGCUUUAGAGCUAACGACGUCGAUCAAGCCAAGAGAUUGCAAUCCCAUAUGGACAUUUACUUGUACCAACCCAGUGAUAGUUUCCUUCAAAAUCGCCUUCUCCAUUUGUAUGCAAAAUGGGGUUAUAUCUCCAAUGCUCGAGACCUGUUCGAUAAAAUGCUCCACAGAGAUGUUUUCUCCUGGAAUGCGAUGCUUUCUCUGUAUGCCAAAUCUGGGUUAAUUGAGGAUUUGCGGGCUGUCUUUGAUAACAUGCCUUCUCGUGAUUCUGUAUCGUAUAAUACAGUUAUUUCAGGUUUUGCAAAAAAUGGAUGUGCAAGCAAGGCAGUGGAGGCAUUUGUCAGAAUGCAAAAUGAAGGGUUUAAGCCUACAGAGUACACCCAUGUGAGUGUUUUAAAUGCCUGUGCGCAGUUGUUGGAUUUGAGGAAAGGGAAGCAGAUUCAUGGGAGAAUCGUUACUCGUAAUUUGGGCGGAAAUGUGUUUAUUUGGAAUGCUUUAACUGAUAUGUAUGCCAAGUGCGGCGAGAUUGAUAAAGCUAGGUGGUUAUUUGAUAGGUUGACACACAAGAAUGUGGUGUCAUGGAAUUUGAUGAUUUCUGCAUAUUUGAAAAAUGGGCAGUCUAAAAAAAGCGUAGACUUGUUUCAUGAGAUGCGAGCAUUAGGUUUGAAGCCUGACCAGGUUACAGUUUCAAAUAUUAUAGGUGCUUAUUUUGAAAGUGGAUUUAUUGACAAAGCAGGUAUGAUAUUUAGUGAGAUCAAAGAAAGAGAUAAGGUUUGUUGGACAACAAUGAUAGUGGGUUAUGCACAGAAUGGAAAAGAAGAAGAUGCUUUGAUGUUGUUUAAUGAGAUGUUGUUAUCGAAUGUCUGGCCUGAUGGUUACACUAUCUCAAGUGUUGUUAGUUCCUGUGCCAAAUUAGCUUAUUUGUUUCAUGGUCAGGCUGUCCAUGGGAAAGCAUUAGUUAUGGGAGUCGAUGAAGGUUUGCUUGUGGGUAGUGCUCUUGUUGAUAUGUACUGCAAAUGCGGAGUUACUGCUGAUGCUUGGAUUGUUUUUAAUACAAUGCCUACUCGAAAUGUGGUUUCUUGGAAUGCCAUGAUCCGGGGUUAUGCUCAAAAUGGACAGGAUUCAGAGGCCUUAGCCCUUUAUGAAAACAUGUUGCAGGAGGAUACGAGACCAGAUAAUGUUACGUAUGUGGGAAUUCUCUCUGCCUGUAUUCAUGCUGGUUUAGUUGAAGAAGGGAAGAGAUAUUUUGAUUCAAUGAACAAAUUGCAUGGACUAUUACCUACUUUAGAUCAUUUUGCAUGCAUGAUCAAUCUCCUUGGACGUUCAGGAUGUAUGAACGAAGCCAUGGACCUGAUUAAUACUAUGCCACAUGAGCCAAAUUCCCUAAUUUGGUCCACUGUUUUAUCUGUUAGUGCAAUGAAAGGCGACAUAAAGCACGCAGAGAAGGCAGCUAGGCACCUAUUUGAAUUGGACCCGCUGAAUGCUGGACCUUACAUCAUGCUGUCCAAUAUGUAUGCCAGUUGUGGAAGGUGGAAAGAUGUUGCAUCUAUGAGAUCUCUAAUGAAAACUAAGAAUGUUAAAAAAUUUGCUGCCUACAGUUGGAUCGAGAUUGAUAAUGAAGUGCACAAAUUUGUAGCAGAUGAUCGAACUCAUCCAGAUACAAAAAUCAUCUAUGAAGCACUCCAGGGAUUGAUAAGGAAACUGCAGAAAGCUGGCUUUAGUCCCAAUACAAACUUGGUUUUGCAUGAUGUUGGGGAGGAGGAGAAACUUGAAUCCAUUUGUUAUCAUAGUGAAAAAAUUGCUCUUGCAUUUGGAUUGAUAAAAAAGCAUCAUGGACCCAUAAGGAUUAUAAAGAAUAUUCGGGUUUGUGGAGACUGCCAUGUUUUUAUGAAGUUUGUAUCAAAAAUUACAGGAAGGCAAAUCAUCCUAAGGGAUUCAAACCGAUUCCAUCAUUUUGGAGCAGGGAAAUGCUCCUGCAACGAUUACUGGUGACAUAUAAUCCAAUAACAUAGCUGACAUGAUAAACUUUUAGGAUAUUUCUUGUUAAACUUCAAAGUAGAGAUUUUUUGCAAUCAAGGGAUAAUAAGAUAGCAUAAGAGCUCCGAUGGUCAUAAUUUUUCAUAAAGAGACUGGAACACGCAUUGUAUCUAAGGUCUUGGGAGUUGGGAGUCCUCUGCACAUUGAAGGCAGGAUUUGAUUUCUAGGAAGACUUGUGCCUAUAUUGGUCAAGUACAUUAUCAUCUUCCUAUAAAAAUAGGGUAAUUAUGUAAAGAGACUAGCCAUUGUUAUAGUAAAUGCAUUGUGAUAUCUAUACCUUCCAAGUCAUUCGUAUCUUUGAAACUUGCCUUCGAGCAUUUUCAGCUUCUCGAAGUGAUCCUUCUUCGUUUAGUUUACAUUUUGGAUAAGUCGUUAGCCCCUAUUAAUGGGAUAAUUUUGUUUGAUGAGGAAAUGAAAUUAGUGUUGUUAUUGCUGAAACUAUUUGACUUGUCUAGCACCAAUAGUUAGCCUCAUGUUGUGUUCUUUCAUUUACAAUAG